CUUCCUAACAUUACAGUUUGGCAAGGAACAAGCAUUUGAGGUGAAAGUAGGACACUUAGACUACAUUCGUCUGUCCAUACCAUGGGGGAUUUUGUUUGGAGGGACGGAGGUCCGCCUGGAGUUGGAUGGACUUUACAUUCUACUGAGUCCGGUUACCAUGGACUCCUACAACAAACAGAGAGUAGAGGAGAUGGAGCAGAAACUCAAACAGGCCAUGCUCAAGUCACUGGAUCCCUCAGUCCUACAGAAAGUCUCUAAGGAAGCAGAGAAACACCCUGGUCUGUUUGAAAAGAUUGGAAAGUACAUUCUGAACAACAUUCAGAUAAAAAUAAGUAAUGUACACAUUAGAUACGAGGAUACAGUGUCAAACCCCGGCACUCCGUUCGCUGCGGGGGGAAUUCUGGGAGGACUUUACGUAUUUACGACAAACGACAGAUGGGAGGAGGUGGAGCUAGACAGCACGGCAAAAAUCCUACACAAGCUGGGUAAAGUGUCCGAUUUCUCUCUGUAUUGGAAUUCACGGGUCAGCAGUAGUGAUCUCGUGGGAGGCAAACAUCUUGUUCCGUCAGGAGAUUGGAAGAGUCUAUUGAAGCAGUCCAUCAGGUCCAAGAUGAUUUCAAAAGAUAAAUUUUCCUCAGUGCUGACUCCAUUUACUGCGGAGGCCAAGGUGAUUCUGUAUAACGUGGAUGACUAUAAGAUGCCUAAGCUGUACAUACAGUUGUCUAUAGGGGAUGCUACCGCCAGAGUUUCACACAAACAGUAUUUGAGUGUUACAAGAUGGCUGGAAUUUUCCAAAAGGUUGGAAGUGAAUCGGCGGUACAGGAAAUUCCGCCCCACGGUAUCUGUGAAGAAGAGUCCCAAGUCCUGGUGGAGAUAUGCCUACGACUCAGUUGUGGAGUUUAACAUCAAACCUUACACAUGGCCCCAGAUAGUCCAGUACAAGCAAGACUAUGUAAAAUACUGGCAGGUGUACAAACAACACCUGGAGUCUCCCAAGGACCAGGGAAUUAAACAGAAGGUUGAACAAUUGGAGAAAACAAUGGACGUCACCAACAUACUGAGGGCUAGGACUGAGGCUAGACUCAAGUAUAAAGAAGAAACAGGAGAGAGAGAAAGAAGGAGGCAGGAAGAACUGAAGAAGAGACAGGUGGAGAAGAAGAAGGCUGGGGGAGGGUGGUUCAGCUGGUUCUGGGGAGGGACAGAGGAAGAAGAGGAGUCACUGGAUGAACUCACAACAGAAGGUAUGUGUAGGGGUAAGGUGAAGGGUAAGGCAGGAGGUGGGUGA